AUGGCGCGGGUUGAACAGCAGCAAUGUGGACCAGAAGGUUCGACAGAAUCUCCCUACUAUCUUGGUCAGCUUUCGUAUUUUACGAUUUACCUUACUAAAGGAAUUGAGAUCCUUGAAUAUUAUACAAAGGUUAGUUGCUGACGGUGCCAUUUUGAUUAUUUUGAGCUUUGAUAAUAAUACUUGCAGCUUCGUUUUCACAACAAUGGUAACGUAAGCCUUAUGCAAUAUGCUGAAUGUUUUUUUAUUCUUUUGGUUAGGUCCCCUUUUAUCACGUCCUCUUUGAAGCUGUAUUGGUUCUUUGGAUAAUAAGGCUAAUCACCAGCAAGACAUUUAGAUUCAGAGAACAGAAAAUUGAACUCACAGAAAAGGUUUGUCUGGGACAUUAUAAACAAAAGCUUUUAAAAUGUAGUACUAUUUCUUUAUCAAUAGCAAAUUACCAGACUGUAUCAAUAUUUUCUAACAAAUUAUAUGUAACCCCUUAACCCAAGCUUUGACGGUUUUAACUGUUAUGGGUGAAACUGAGGCACAUUUUUGCCUUGUGUUGAUUAUGGCUGAGUCAAUUCCAAGUGUGUCCAUCCCCCCUCCCCGGGGGGGAGGGGGGGGCAUUUGUCGGGCAUUUGUCAUUUUGUUUUGGAAAAGCUGCAAAUGCUCCACGGUCGGGCCAGAUGUUCAUAGAAAAACCCACAGUUGGGCUUAAAAAUAGGGUACAAAUACCCAAUCCCGGGACAACACCAAAAUUGCAUUUUUCAGCUGCAAAUACCAUAUUUGUGGGAAAUCUGGAAUAUCCUGAUCAAACUCACGCUAUGCCAAUCGCUCCUAGCUGCUAGAUUAUUGCAAAAAAGAUCACUUUGAUCUGGUUAAUUUCAAUGACAGAACUAUAAAUUUGAAUUUUAACAAUACCUUCCUUAUUUUUUAAGAUGUUUAAUAUAGUGAAUGAUAACAAACAACUGACACGCUUUACAUGAGUAUUUUCUCAUCACCAUAGAACCGUUGAAUUGUCACAUUGAUGGUACAAUACAGGAAGUUUGUACUAGCUUUCAAUUAUCUCACAGAGUUUUUCUAGGCCUUUCUGCCUCAAUAAUUCACGUGCAAAGAAAGUGUCUUUUCUUUUGAACUCUUCAAACGAUACAUCGAUUGAUUUUCCUCUAUGUGCAAGCUGAUCACGAUGGCAGGAAGCAAUUUCUUGGAAGCAUGCAAAAAAUACUGUGGGGUAGGGAGGUGAUGCAGCGAAAACCACGCAAAUCUUUUUAAAACUAGGUAUUAAAAAGAUUCUUUAUAAAGUUUUCUAAAUAGGUAUGUUGAAAAAGGUCCAAUAUUAACUGCUUCUAAAAGAAGCGAAGGAUCAAGCGUGCUACACACUGUUUAUGCCUUGUUCUUCAAGCAAAGAUCCAACAUAAGUCACGCAAGGGAAUAAGUGCCCUGUGCACUGCGUAUGCCUCGUUCCUUAAGUAAAGAUCCAACAUAAGCCACGCGUAGGAACAAGCGCCCUACACACUGUGUAUGCUUCGUUCUUCAAGCAAAGAUCCGACAUAGGUUACGUGAAGGAACUAGCGUCCUACUCACUGUGUAUGCCUCAUUUUUUAAUCAAAGAUCCGACAUAAGUCACGCGAAGGGACAAGUGUGCUUCACACUGUGUAUGCCUCGUUCUUUAAGCAAAGAUUUUACAUAAGCCAUUCAAACGAACAAGCCCCAUUAGAGGCCCUCAGAAAAUCCAAUCACCCCUUCCCCAUUAGCACCACCGAUCUGGGAGUUUACAUGUAUUAUUUCAUAUUCUGAGAGGAAUGUCUCUCCAGUCAAACACUUGUGUUUGACGGUUAGGGAGAUAAAGCUAGAGGAGUAACACCCCUCAUAGAAUUGAAUGACAAUCUGAUCAAGUUUUCCGAUCUUUGUGCUGUUUUAGGAAGAGGAGGAGUUAAUUGAAGAAUGGCAACCAGAACCAUUAGUUCCUGUAACACCAACCUAUGACUUAGAUGCUAUCACUCCAAAAGUUGUUCAAGGGUAUGCUUAUGCCAUGUUCAUUUACAACUUAAAUACUCUUUUGAGCAAUAAUUUCUAGCUUUCUUACUACAGUGAAACUCGAUAGAACAUAGACUAUGACAUAUCCACUCGGUGUCCCACUGAUUCCACUGUAUUGACCACAUUUUUGCCCAAAAACAUGUAGUCUUCUGUGGCAAUGUAGCUGAUACAACCUCUAUGUACUUUCUAAAACCUUCCAGCUGUUAACUCUAAUCAAAGCACCACCUGGUGAGCAAGCUGUACUGUCAAUAUUAUUAUGACUCAUGUUUUUCUUUCAAUCUCGGGCCAAUUCCUAGCAUCCAAGGAAAUGUUACAGUUCAAAAUUAAGUUCAGGUUAAAAUUUUUGUAACUUAGGUUGAUUCCUUUGUCUUCUAGCCCUAAUUCGUGAGUCAACCUAGGUUAAAAAAUUUAACCAGGAUAUAAUUUUGACCGUAAGAGAUGUUACCCUGUACUAAGCAAUAACUUUGAAGUUAUUGAAACUCAUUACAGUCAGCUCUCCAUUUGCAGACACCUUGCUAUUGCAGACACCCUAGUUAUAUAGACAGCAGCUAAAUCCCCGGCAAGAAUAAAUCAUGGACAUUUGAGAGAACGUAACUCUCAUUAUUGAUUCCAGCAAUGAUAGAUCCAUAAAACCAAUUAAACAUAAAGACUGAUGUCCUUUUUUUAAUCUUCAGGAAACCUGGACACUCACUAAAAAUAGAUGAUAAAGAAUGUCUCAAUUUUGCCACAUUCAACUUUCUUGGUUUUGUAGGAAAUGAAAAAAUAGAGGUAUUCUGAAAGGUUUUACUACUGUUAGUAAUCAUGAAAUACUAAAAAGAGAGAAAGUUUUCUGUUUGUCAUCAGGCCCCAAAUUAAUAUCCACAUACAAACUGAUCUCUUCACAUUUCCUUCAAGAAUAAGUAGAGAGAAUUCAAUAAAAGAUCAAAACAUUUUCCCUUUGGUGAUCAUUUCAUUAAUCCUUAUUACCAAAUUCUCUUGAUGAUCCCUUCAUAUUGUUAGGAGAACAUUGAUGUCGGUCUGUUAGGACUUAAAGGGUUAUUAGGGAGUUUUAGCAAUGACGACGGCAACGGCAACAAGAACGUCAAAACAACAAUAGGUUUAUCAAGCAAAACAACAAAUUUGCACGUGCAUCACUCUUUUUUGUACAUUUCUUUGCUGUUACUGCACCACUACGACAUGAAAAUGCCUAGUUUCACGUUUUAUGGAGGACAUAAACAAGCAACGACGAAAUUUUCUUCCUCUUUUAAACAUGAGUGCUGUCCCCAAGAAAUCAACUCCAGGGAAAUCAGCCUAGCAUAGACAUUUUCAGCAAAUUGGAAUAAACGCGACAAAGUUUUAAAAAAAGUUAAUUCAUUUUAAUAGUGACGUUUUCACUGCCGUCGCCGUGGUUGAUGCUAAAACUCCCUAUUUUGGGGCGUGAGGUAGUAUGGCCGAGCUAAGUAAUCAAGCACAUGUAUCACACUUGCAAUGUGGAGACCCUAGUUAAAGUUCCUCACGAUCAUUUUAUUUUUACCCAUCCUUACUUCAUUUUUUAAGGACACAGCCAUCAAAAGCCUCCAUCGUUAUGGUGUAGGUUCAUGUGGACCCCGGGGAUUCUAUGGUACAAUAGGUAAGUCUAUUCGAUGAAGAUAUUGCAUGAUCUUUGGUUUAAAGAUAAAUAAUCCUUAUAUUUAUUUGACUUGGAAGAAAAUAUUGCCUUGCAGUCAAUAAAACCUAGGGUGCUUUUUUUAACCAAAAGGAAAUGAGUUGGCUAGAAUUUUAUUUGAUAAUUUUAUUUGUAACAUGUUUUUGCUGGUUGCCGGUACUGUAUACUACAACACUCAAAAACAUUAGAAAUGUAACUUUUACAAGUAAAUUUUAAAAAUGAUCAAUUAAAAUGCUGGCCAAUAAUUCAUUUACUUUUGGUUAAAAGAAAGCACUCAACAAUACUAACUUAUUCCAAGGCUGAGCUCUAGCAAAAUGUGGUGGCCCCUGGCACCCAACUUUUCCUCUCACGUGACUAGAAAAUCUCAGUUUUUGCGCACAAAUCACAUGCUGGGCACCUUAGAUUGUACAGGUUUAGAGCACUGGGCUCCCCUCAAUUUUCCUUAGAGGACAGCCUUGUAUUCAUUGUAGAGGGACUGUGUAGCAAUUUGUUUUCUUUGAAGUGUGGUCCUUGUUUAUCUCUUUUUUUAGAUGUACAUUUGGAGUUAGAAGAAAGAUUGGCCAAGUUCAUGAGAACAGAAGAGGCAAUUCUUUAUUCCUAUGGAUUUUCCACAAUAGCCAGCGUAAUUCCUGCUUAUUCCAAAAGAGGGGAUGUUAUUUUCUGGUAAGAGAUAUAGAAGAAUACAGUAAAAACCCAUGUGGGGAAGUUAGUUGCGGUGUAUGUUAGUAGGUUCUUAAUUUCUGUGAAGGAGGUAUAGUACUGUUGUUGGCUACCAGAAAAGUAAAAUAACAAACUUGAGUUUGGUCCUUAAAUAUACAGUGCUUAUUCACAGUUGUAUUGUGAUAAGGUUAACUAAACUGAUUACAGAAUGUAUAUGUAAUCUCAAAUUCAUACUCCUUGCUUAAAAUUUGUAUCAUAAUUUUACUGUAACCUACAUAUAAGAAUCUGCUUGACCUUGCUUGGCUAAAUAGCUUCUUAUGUUUUUGGGUAUAAAAAAGGCAAAUUUCUGCCACCAGGUUGUUAAACCACUACUGAAUGAUAUAGGAGACCCUGCCAGGGUAAAUUCCGACAAGCGACAUGGCCCAAAAAGUAUUGAUAGCACGUAAAAUGAAAUCGUGACAAAAGACAACCUCCCUCCGCCAAAUUGCAACAGUGUCGGCAAAGCCAACAAUAAGCGACAAACAUUUAUAAACACACUGACACAAGAUGUUUUAAAAUUCAGAUGGGUGACAUGGGACCCCCCCCUAUUGGCAGGGCCUCGUAUAUUAUAGAGUUAUAAGAUAUUUUGUCUGUAAAAUUUCAACGUUCAUUGUUCUCUUUUUCCCAUAGUGAUAAAGGAGUUUCUUUUGCAAUUCAAAAAGGGCUUGUAGCUUCGCGGAGCCGUAUAAUGUGGUUUGAUCAUAAUGACAUGGAUGAUCUGGAAAGGCUUUUGUUCGAACAGAAAGAAAAAGAUGACAAGGUUUGAAAUUAUACACAACUUAAAAUGAAAACUGUUGUUGUUUUGCUCUUUAGUCUUUGUCAAGCUUCUUCGUCAAGCUAACUUUUAUGGCUCUUUUUUUUGCUGUUCUUGUUGUUAUAGAAUCCCAAGAAAGCAUGUGUGACAAGAAGAUUCUUAGUCGUAGAGGGAAUUUAUGUCAAUUAUGGUGAUAUUGCACCACUUCCUAAACUUGUAAGUUAAUGGUUUUAUGGGUCUUCACAGUAAUAGUUUCUCUGCUACUAACAGAUCUCCACCCUGAACGCUUUUUGCUCUAUUAGGUGUCAAGAUAGCCUGCGCACAGACGAAAUUAAGCUCUAGUUAACUCCAUAUGGUACUAAUCAGAGUUUAGUUAUCGUCUGCACGCAGGCUAGUGACAAGUAUGUUAGAAGUGUAUCGAGAAUUUGAGGUCAAAAUAUUGGAAAUUAAGGUUGCGGAAAUUAACACUCCAUUUAAUUAAUGGUGCUGAAAUUAACAUUUGCAUAAAUUAACAUGACUUAAAUUAAUGCAAAUUUCUCGUGUUAAUUUCAUGAGGUAGUUAUUUCCUAUAAUACUUGGUAGUUUAGUAUUAAAUGACAAUUUGAAUUAUUAAGUUCUCAUUAAUUUCCAUAAAUUUGCUAAGGUAGCUUAAAAUGCGGCUUAGGUUGAAUCUCUUGAAGCUCAGGGAAAAGGACCAACAAAGAGAAGGAAAAUAAAAGAGGGAAUGAAAAGCCAGUGUAAUAGGGAAACAAGUAAAGAAGCAAAAAGUGAAAUAAAAUGGGUUUAGUAGUUUUUAAGAACAAGCUGAUUUGUUAUUUUAGGAAGGUUUUCACCUGUGAAACAGUUCCAUUUAAACCUUACAAUGAAUUUAACUGUUAUGUUCACUUCUCUAGAUUGAGCUAAAAUACAAAUACAAAGUGUGAAUUAUUAUUGACGAAAGUGCAUCGUUUGGAGUUCUUGGUCAAACUGGAAGAGGAUUAACAGAACACUUUGAUAUCCCAGUGAGUUGAAGUUGCUGAAGACUAAGACUGAUGUGUUUUAUGUCGAAUUAAACAAAGAAUAGUUAAAAGACUCUUUUUUGGAGUUUAGUUCACAUUGAAGUUGUGAGCCAACCCAGUCAAAAUGAGCUGGAAGCCGGCAAUUUUCCCACUUUUAGUAACAUAAUUUAUUAUUUGCUGCCUAGUUGACACUUGGGUCUAAUAACAUUAAAUAAUAGCCGCACAGGUAUUGCCGCUAGUUGCUAUGGUUGUCCUGCCUACCACUGUUAAACAUUUUGACUGGGCUAGUGAGCAAAGCAGUGGGGAUAAAGGAGUGUUGCGACAGUAAUAUUAUUUUCUGGUAUCAUUGGUGACUUGGCUUUACCUUCAAAAAAAGCUUGCUUGUGCAUUGAUAACACACAUUUUUAUCCUAUACCAGAUAAAAGAUGUUGACUUGAUAUCUGUUUCAAUGGAGAACUCUUUAGCAACUAUUGGAGGAUUCUGCUGUGGAACAUCAUUUGUUGUUGACCAUCAGGUAUGGUGUAUUCACAAAAAUCCUUGCUUAUAUUCCUGUAGUCGCUACAUUGCUGCAACUAUUUCAGCCCUUUCACUCCCAGUGUACCCAGGGUGCUAGAGAUUUUUCAUGCAGUUGCACGGUUUCCAGUUUCAGACAAUGUUGUUUAUGGUGUUGCAGUAUUGAGCUUCUUUUUCAAAAGUUGUUUUGGUAAUUUUUGUAUGUGUGGUAUUGCAAUAUCAUCUAGCUCUGCUGUAUGCUGUUUUUCAUCCUUUUGGCAGACUGUAAGAGUAGAUCCUUCAUGGUAUUACAGUACUAUUCAUUUGUUGUACCCUAUCUAACACAGACCAUAAUGCACCUUGUUUACCCCCAAAAUUUGCUUCGAUUUCUCCCAGGACAAAUGUAAUACCCAGGAGAAACUGGAAACAAUGUUUAUGUAAAAUUUUGGGGGGUAAACAAGGCGCAUUAUUUUCUUGGUGAAAAUGUUCAAUAUUCCGAAUGUAAUACCCAGGAGAAAUUGGAAACAAUGUUUAUGUAAAAUGUUGGGGGGUAAAUAAGGCGCAUUAUUGUCUUGGUGAAAAUUUUCAAUAUUCCGCAGUGCAUUAUUGUAGAUCUACACUGUAUGAAUAGGUAAUUGAGGGGUGGAUGAUAAAAGACCCAAAGUAACUCUUGAUCUGUUGUCAAAUUCUCCCUUUUACAGAGACUCUCAGGGGCAGGAUAUUGUUUCUCCGCGUCAUUACCUCCAAUGCUGGCAUCUGCAGCAAUUGAAGCAUUGAAUAUUAUUGAACAAAAGCCAGGUAAGAAUUUUUUUUUUACAUCUGCAGUGAUUCUGUUACCUCUGCAUCCCUGGCGCUUAAAAAUCCCCAAAGACGCAAAACAUGGCAUGCGCCUCGAAGGAUACAAAGAAGUCAAACGAUCGAUCGAUUUGAUGACUUUUUGUAUGGUAGAAAAGAAUGAUUUCCGUGGCUGUUGUUUAAAGAUGCAUGUUUACUUAAGUCAUUUUUGUGCUCUAAAUAUUUAGAAGGACCAUAUUUUAAUUUCAGUAAACUCAGGGGCGGAUCUAGGGGGAGGGUGCAGGGGCCCUGAGGUGACCUGCGGUUUUCUAAUAAACUGGUAUUCUGCAAAAAAAAAGUGGUUUAUUGGUGUUGAAUUUCAGUAACCCCUGUAAAAAAAAUCCUGGAUUUUGAAACUGUAAUAAAGAGUUUUAGCAUCUUACUCCAGAUUAACUGACUUGUUACAAGAUGAGUCCCAGGACUCACCAUAACUAUUUGUAACAAAAUGACUGUCAUCUUGUAGAAAGUGAUGAUUAGAGCAAAUGUACCCCAAGCUCAUGAGUGAAAAUCGUUGAUGUGUAACAGAAAUUUUAUUAAAUCGAAAUAUUAAAUAUUAAUAUCAAAUUAUUAAUUAUUAUUGUUAUUAAUUGCCCUGAAGAGGCCGAAAAUGCUGACAACACACCAUACAUAAAACAGGGAGGCAAUAUUUUGCUAUUUUUGAGCCCUAAAUAACGAUCGCUAAAAUCCCCAUAUAAACUCUUACAAUAGUUCUGUUACCCAACAGCGAUUUUCACUCGUGAGGUCGGGGAACCUGUGAUUAGAGCCAUUGCAUAACUCUCUGGCAUGAGCAAGGCCUUGUUCAAAUGUUAAUGUUUGUUAAUGUUUCAGAAAUGUUUGAGGAGCUUCAAGAGAAAGCCAAACUAUUUCGUGCAGAGCUUGAAGGGUAUGUUUUUUUAACUUGCAUCACAGAUUUGUAAAAGCAUGUUGAAGUUUUUCACAAUUUAUUGGAACUUAAUAUUUUGUUAGUAGUAACUAGUAUGUCAGUUGAGCACAAAUGUUAUCAUACCGUAGAUGAGAAUAGUCAUAUCAAGAGGUUUUGCAUUUUAAUGCAAUUUAUCCGGUUGACAAAGCGCGAACGUCAUAAUAGGUCAGCAGUUCUUGAGUCUUCAGCACAGCUCAUGCUCAGGUUUUGAUUUUUUGAUCAUUCAUUGUAUUAAGUAUUUCCUUCUAUCUCUUGAGAAAAGAGCCGACAUUUCGCGACGUCAACACUGGUUUUCCCGCGAAAUGACGUCUCAGGAACGAGCGCAGACUUUCCAUACUGAUGACAUGUCACUACCAGAUCUAGGUAGUGCUUCUGAUUGGUUGGAAAUAUGCUGCAUCCAAUCAGAAGCACUACCCAGAUCCGGUAGUGACGCGUCAUCAGUAUGGAAUUUCUGCGCGUGUUUCUCAGACGCCUUUUCGCGGGGAGACCAGUGGUAGCAUCGCCAAAUGUCGGCUGUUUUCUCAGACAAGUACCUCAAGGUGCAUUAUGGUCUCUUAUUUUUGUAGUUUGUUUUCGUACGGUGUGAAACAAAAAUCAAUUCAAUUUUUGUUUGGUUUUAGACUCAAAGGCCUUUUGUGUGAAGGAUCAAAGGAGUCACCUAUUUUACACUUGAGGCUUCUGGAGCCUCAUGAAACGUUUGAAGAAGACGAAGAAAAACUGAAAGAAGUUGUUGCCUUAGUAAGUUGCUUGUGUUGUUUGUCCCACUUGUUUGUUAAUAGAAAAUGUUCGCUCUGAGACAACGGCCACGGCUACGAAAACGUCACUUAAAAGGUGAAUUCGAGCUGCUUCAAACUUUACCGCGCUAUGUUCUAUUUCUUCAUGUUAGUAACAUUUUUUUCUCGUUUAAUGUAAAGGCUCUACAGAAUGGAAUAGCGCUAACAAUUGCAAGAUAUCUCAAAAACGACGAGAAAUUCCUGCCUCCUCCAAG